AUGCUUCCCGCCAUGGCAGAUGAUGAUUACUCGGCGCACAUGUCGUUCCAAAGUCAAUCCAAGGAUAAUCUCAAGGUGCUGAUGGACAACUUUAGUCCUGAUCAGUAUGAUCGUUUUGAGGCGUACAGACGACAUGCCCUACCCAAACAGGCCGUUCGCAAGGUCAUUCAGCAGACCGUUGGACAGCAAGUUUCACAGCCGGUUGCUCAGAUUGUCGCCGGUUUCGCCAAAGUGUUUGUUGGAGAGGUGGUUGAGAAAGCGCGCGCAGUACAAGCACGUCGAGGAGAAACAGGACCACUCUCCCCCGACCAUCUUCGUGAAGCGUAUAGGUUAUAUCAAGAGGAAACAGGGCGUGUCGGUGCCGCACCGCCUCUUAGGUCUAAGAGAUUAUUCGUGAGAUAA